AACCCGGGUUGAGAGGAGGAUAAAGGCUUCGCAUUCAUCUACCUCAGAUGAACUGCACCAAUCGCAGAUUACCCGAGCCUAAUCUAUCCUGACAUCGGACAAUGUUGUUAGCAUCCACUCUACAUUUGUUUUGAUAACACGGACGUGGUGAAAAAUGGGUGAAGGCCCAUUGGUAGCUCCUUCCUUGGAUAGAGAGCAUUCAAAAGCACUUCCUCCCAUUGCUUGCAACCAAAUCUCCAUCCAUCACCAUUCUCCACGCAGACCGUCAGUAUUUCGCUUUUCGCUGCCGAUUACCUAGGUAUCCUUCUCAUAAUGAAAUUGCUCACUCUCGGUUGGACCGCCGCACUUCUCGGCUUAGCAUCCGCACAGUAUGAGGCGAUCAAAUACUACGAUUCAGACACCGGUAUCACUUAUUCCUCGAUCACCCACUCAAUCGGCGUGACCUACCGUGUCGCCAUGCCAGCGAAUUCGUCCACUUCGGACGCCAUCGUUCAAAUCGUAUCACGAAAAGAAUUCGCCUGGUGUGGUCUCGCGUGGGGAGGACACAUGACCCAAAAUCCGCUUUCCGUCGCAUGGGCGACCGGUGCGCAGAUCGGACAGAAGGCCAUCGUGAGCAGCAGGAUGGCAUAUGGCUACUACGCUGUUCCGCAACCAUACGAAGGCGCGAAGUAUACCUACCUCAAAGGCACAACGGCGAAUGCCACGCAUUGGCAAGUCACUGCUCGCUGCCAAGGCUGUACGCGCUGGAGCAGCGCCGAUGGAGACUUCAACCUGCACAAUGAGAACGAGGCGGUUCUGGCGUAUGCAUGCUCGAGUGUCGCACCAGAUGAGCCCUCAAGCAACACCAGCACAUUCAAUAUGCACGAGCAGUUUGGCAUCUGGAGUCAUAAUCUGAGCUUUGCGAAGAACGCGAGCUUUGCGGACUGGAUCAGGAAGAAUCCGUACAACGGGACGGAGAAGAGGGAAGUUGUCGAAAAGAGGUUCUAUGCUUGAGUGUCGACCACUGAAUUGUAGACAUUAGUACGACCAACCUAAUUCAU